GCGAAUUGCUGGAGCGCUCCAUCUGAGACCAUGGUGCGCGCUGUGUGGGCGGCGCUACGGAUAGGACCCCGUACAUGGUCGCUGUUGACAAAGGCAAGCUCACCUGUGUUCUCCGCGAGGAACGUUACAGGAUCAACCGUGUUCCAGAAGAGUGCAGUUCUUUCAUUUUCGAGGAAUCUGAGUGUAACCACAGGGCCGGCAAGAAAAAUGCCAGAGAUUAACACGGAUAACCUGGACGAGAAGCAGGUGCAGCUCCUCGCGGAGAUGUGUAUCCUGAUUGAUGAGAAUGAUCACAAGACAGGCGCCGAGAGCAAGAAGAACUGUCACCUGAAUUCCAACAUCGAGAAAGGAAUGUUACACCGGGCUUUCAGUGUUUUCUUGUUCAACAGUGAGAAUAAGUUGCUACUACAGCAAAGAUCUGAUGCCAAAAUCACUUUUCCAGGCUGCUUCACCAACACCUGCUGUAGCCACCCACUGCACACGCCCAGUGAGAUGGAGGAGGGCGAUGACGCCAUCGGGGUCAGGAGAGCGGCACAGAGACGUCUCAAGGCCGAGCUGGGCAUCCCCACCGACCAGGUGCCGCCAGAGGACAUGACGUACCUGACGCGCAUCCACUACAAGGCGGCGUCGGACGGCAUGUGGGGCGAGCACGAGAUUGACUACAUCCUGUUCAUGCGCAAGGACGUGGAGGUGGACCCGGACCCCAACGAGAUCCAGACGCACUGCUACGUCACGCAGCAGGAGCUGCGGGCCAUGCUGGAGCGGGCCAAGCGGGGCGAGGUGCUGAUCACGCCCUGGUUCAGCCUCAUCGCCGACACCUUCCUCUUCAAGUGGUGGGACAACCUGGACAACCUCAAGGACUUCAAGGAUCACGAGAAGAUCUACCGCAUGUAGUAGAACACUUUGGAAGGCCGACGUCGUCUCAAUGUUUUUUUUAAAAACGGACUCACGGACUUGGAGAUGUACAGUUAAGCCUGGUAUGACCUGCCCAUGACACUUGUCUUCGUUCUUAUUCAUGGUCAGGAGGUUCUUUUUAGAUUUUUUGUUUCUCAACUUUAUUUGAUAGGACAGUGUGAGAGGUGGACAGGAAGCGAAUUGGGAGAGAGACGGGGAGGGGUCGGCAAAGGACCCGGGCCCGGGAAUGGAACCCGGGUCAGCUGCAUGGCAGGCGAGUG